AUGCUGCUACGGAAGGACUUUUCCUCGCUUCGGAAACGGGUACUGUCGGGUGUGCAGCCCAAAAACCACUUGCUGCCCACAGUGAAGAGGAUCGGCAUCCCAGACGAAACCACCAUCAAUAGGGGCGCUAUUUGUGUGGUGAGCCCGUUAAAUAAACACGAGAAGGAGAAGCUGCUGGAGAUGAAAACGUGCUACUACUUGCCCUUGUCAAUUGUGGAAAAUGGGCUUCACGAGAAACCUUUAUAUACUCUCCAGAUCAAGUCGGUCCAAUAUAACGAGAUAAGCGUCCACACUUCGGCAAAAGACCUUGAGUUCCGUGUAUCUCUGACCCAAAGCCAUUUGUUUUUUUGCCUUGACAAUAUGUUUGUCGACAAGAUGGCCGUGCCAAAGGGCACAAUUGAUAGCAUUUGGUUCAGUGUGCUGAGAGACAGCAUCCUUAUUGUUUUGCAUAAGCGCUUCGGCUUCCUCAUGAUUUGCUACGAGCCCAGAGACGAUGAAAACCUUCUACGAUUUUUCAAAAAAACCCUGGCAAAUUGGGGACCCAAUUGCACUGUUGAAAGAAGAGAUGACCUACAUCGCGUCUACAGAAAAUUCGUCAAACUGCGAGAGCUGUUGAAUAAAGAUCCUCAAAUGUUGAUACGUAUAGACAACGAAAACAGUUCAGGCACAGACUCAGACGUUUCUUCCAGCUUCUCUUCUCAAACAGAUCUGGUUCUCAAGAGCGGUCUACCGAGUCUACCGACUCCAACAAGAAAACCUACCCUCGAUGGGAGAACCACCCGAUCUGCUACCAGAUUGGCCCAACAAAAUCCUAAUUCUGCGCCAUAUAAAGAGUAUUCCAUAGGCGAAAAAGGUGAAGUGGUGGUGGAAGAAUCCGCGCAAGAACCUGAAGAGCCAAAGGAACAGGAGAUUCCUGCGCCAUUUGAUCCUCCUUUGAAAUACUCUUUGGCCAAUGGCAAGAAGUUUGCUAUUACUUUCAAUGAUUUCAAGACACUUUAUAAUAAUGACUGGAUAAAUGACACCCUUAUAGAUUUUUUUAUUGCUUAUGAGAUAGACAAGGCCGUCACCGAGCUUGAACUGGUUAAGGAAAAUGAGGUUUAUGCGUUCAACUCCUUUUUCUUCACAAAACUUAUGUCAAAGCCAGAAGGACAAGAGGAACCUCCGGACUACUACGAGAACAUACAACGUUGGUUGAGCAAGGUCGACCUCAUGUCUUACGAAUCUGUCAUUAUACCUAUUAAUGAGCAUUUGCAUUGGUAUUGCUGCAUUAUAAGGCAUCUUCCUGAGCUUUUAAAGGCAGCUAAAAAACGAGCUAAGAAGGAAGAGGACGCGACAAACGAAGAUGCCGCUUCAAAUGGGCCCUCUCCUGACGAAUCCCCCAAGAAAUCUUCUGCUGUAGCCGAAGUUUUUGUGUUUGAUUCACUAAGACAUCGCCAUCCGAACAUUGAGGAGCCUUUGAGGACGAUAAUUGAUAGGUAUUGUCAGGACACUCAUCAAGUGUCUAUUCCGAAGGAUUUGAUCAGAUUUGUCAAUGCCAGGGUCCCUCAGCAGCGAAAUUUCAAUGACUGUGGUAUUCAUGUCAUUUGUAACGUGGGUAAAUGGCUAGGUGAACCGGAGGUAUGCGAGACAAUGUGGAAAAAGAUUGGGAAGAAAAUCAGGGGUUAUUUCAACGUAGCUGAGAGGGCCGAAAUGCGGAAAAAGCUUAUAGAUUUGCUACUAGAUCUUCAUCUGAAGCAACCACCUUAUGAAAGCUCUAGUGGCUCAGGUAGAGAGGAGGACGAAUCUGACGACGGGAUAGAGCUUAUUUCAUAUUUUUCGUCGAAACCCGAACCUGCUGUGGAUGCAGGUGGUGCCAGUACUUCAGAAAUACUGGUGGCAGACCUGACAGCUGUCGAUAAAAAUACCGAAACAGGUAAGGUCUCUUCAAAAGCUGAAGGAAGCAUAUUCGAUACACUUCUAACGGCAAAAGAGGUCACCCCUACGAAAAGAAAGAAAGACGUGAAGAAGCAUGAUUCUAGCGAUAUGACAGCGGAAAAUAAAGUCAAGAACCCAAGCCCGAAUCUGCCUGACGUCACACCAGUAAGAACGCUCGACCCAAGAGCGAUAGCUUCAUCUCUGGAAAAACCGCGUGUAUUUGCAUCGAGCCGUGAGGCUUCCUCUGGUUUGUUUAUGCAAAUUGAACACCCACAAAUUCGACGUUCGUGUAUGCGGCGCAAGCUAAAGCCACAUACAGUGGAGUUUCUAAACAGUUUCUUCACUGAUCAUAACAAGCAUUUCAGUGAUGAGAAACUCCUUGCGAUUGAUGAAUUUGUCGACAAGUACAACUUCUUCGACACAAAUUUGGAACGUUUGCAAACUGAUAUUCUCGUGAAUAAGCUAAAAGAUGUUUUCAAAGAGCCUACGGCGCCGAUGGAUGAGCCAUUCGUGAUUCAUGAUGCUGACGACAGUAAUGGGGAGUUGAAUCAGAGUGUUGGUGACUUGCGCAUAGAGAGUGACAAUCCCUCAGGGUCUGAUCAGGAAGUGAAUGAGAUCAAGCCUUUCUCUAUAAAGCUGCUGCGAUCCGAUAGUGAUUUGGAAAUCAUAGAAGACAAGAAAGACGUGCCAGAAGUUUCCUUCAAGACAACCCAUAAAGGAUCACCAAAUUCUGAAAAAACAUUCAAGCACGAGAGGCAUUUUAGAAAUGGAGUCACGAAAAACGAAGAUAAAGAAGAGGGAUUUUUGCUGUACUUCACCUCAAAAAAAGGCAUAGGACCGAAGCGUAGACGGUUGGCAGCAGAUUCAGAAAGACCCCGUCGUGCAGAUAAGUACCUCUAG